CAGCAUAGUGCAUAACUACAAAACUCUCUUCUCCCCUCUUCCCUCUCUCCCUAGGACAGAAACCCCCAAAGCCCAGCGAAAAGCGUUGGAGAGUAAGACUCUACUGAUGCCACUGUUGCAAUGGCAGACUAACGCUUGAGGGCUUUUGGCGUCUCAACGUCUUCAUGCUCAAAUUCACAGCCUUCAGUCUCGCUCUCAUUCGCGGGCCAAUUAAUCUAAAAUGCCUAUGGAAGUUCCCAAUUCUUUUUAAAUGGAAGUUGUUCUUCGGAUGUCAUGAAACACGGGCAUGCAUUUGAUUUAAUGCCAGGUACCAAUAUUCUGAGAAGAUGUUCAGUUUGUUGUGGACGCCAUUGUGAUGGCUGUGGAGAGAUUUUUAAAGAGGAGAGGAAAACAGAUGAUGUUCUGCACUUCCUAAGCUACUCAAGAAGUUGUUCCCUGCUAUCAACAUCCAGUAGAAUGUCUCAGAAUUUCGUGCCCACUUUUGUUUACCAACGUAGAAGAGACCAUAAGAACUCUGUUUCAUUCUUCGAAAUUGAAUCAUCUGGUCACUCUGCCGUCUGUUCUGAAGCUCCUCUGUUAGCUGUGAAAGAGUGUGUGGUUUCUGCUACCGAGCAUGAAAAAGAAGGUGUAAGAUCUCCUGUGGUGCAUCCAGUUGAAAAUAACAAAGUGACAGCACCCUCCAACUGGUUCUGUGCUGGGGAAGAAGCUGGUUUUGAAGAUGGCUUGACAACUGGUGUGGACAGAAUUUUGAAUGACAGCAGUGCUAAUGAUCAUUGUUCAUCAUCAAAAUCAAAUUUGGAACAUAGUUCACCUGCCUUGAAAUUUCAUACAGAUGAUGCAGGGGAAUGCUCCUCUUUUGGUGCAUUGAUUGCUGGGAAGGCACCAGAAGAUAUUUCAGAAAGAGAUAUUUGCAUUUCAAUUCUUAGAGAUCAGGGACUACUUGAUAAAGUUUGGGUUAGACGAGAUGGGGCUUCUAAUGAAAAUACUAACAACUACUGUUUGAAGUCAUGCAAAGUAUGUGAGCAGGUGGACAGUUCAAAAAACAUGCUAAUAUGCGAUAAUUGUGAUGAUGCAUUUCAUACUGCUUGCUAUAAUCCCCGUAUAAAAGUAUUGCCAGUUAGUGAGUGGAUUUGUAGCUCCUGUCUGAAAAAAAAGCACAAAAUAUUGAAAGAUAAAUCUACAAGCAGCAAUUUGGCAAACACAAGUACUGAAACUGGCAGAAAUCGGCAUUCAGAAUCAGAAUUGGAACUGGGGUCCUUGGAGUUCAUGGUUAGAGAUACUGAACCGUAUAUGUCCAAUGUGCGAGUUGGCAAUGAAUUUCAAGCAGAUGUUCCUGAUUGGUGUGGCCUCAUUGAUGAGGAAUGCAAUUUUUUUGGCGAUCUACUAGAAGUGGAUACUUCAAGUAAAAAUAGUAUGCAGGAUAGGGAUACUAUCAAAUCUUUGAAGCGCAUUCCUAUUGGUAAUUGGCUUCAGUGCCGUGAAGUCAUCGAUGGAGUUGGAGAAGGCAUUGAUGGAACCGUAUGUGCAAAAUGGCGCAGAGCCCCCCUCUUUGAAGUCCAAACAGAUGACUGGGAAUGCUUUUGUUGCAUUCUUUGGGACCCAACACAUGCCGAUUGUGCUGUACCCCAGACAGUUAUUUGUACCAAGAGUAAUCACCUGUUGCUGAUUCAGGAACUAGAAACGGAUGAAGUCAUGCAGCAGUUAAAGUAUGUGGAAAUGUUGAGACCCCGGCUUGCUGCGAGAAGGCGCAAAUUGGGCAGUUUGAAGGGGAGCGACUCACAGGACAGGUUGAGAUUAUGACGAAAGGCGAGGAUGAUGAAAGGCUAUUAAGUUGUAGAUGAGAAGAGGCUGAUGAUAGCUGUAAGUUUUGAGCUACAUGUUGGUGAGGACUGAGGAGGCUCUCUUAGGAUUAGCAUAGCUUAUAUUUGUUGGGUUGUGAGUUUUUUGCUCAUCUUUAGCAAUGCCAGUGUCUAGCUAAAAAUUGUUGGCUGUUUGAGCGUAUUCUCCAUAUUUGGAAAUUUUUAUUUUGCUGGCAAAAAAGCAGGUGAUUUAUAUAUGUUGAAAUGGGAAACCAUGUUGAUAUGUGUUGGUUGGGGGAAACCUA